GCUGAUUGGCGUAUAAGAUACGACUUCCGCUUUGUCAUUUAAACAAAAAAUAAAGAACACGAACACUUAGAAAUAUUGGCAAUUGUAUGGAUGUUCAUGUGCAUUUAUUUUGUUAAAAUAUCUUCACAAAGCGCGAAAAUAAACAUGAGACAGAGGAGAAGUUCAUCUGGACCAAAACGCAGGGGAAACUGUAGUAGAUCUCGUUCUCCCAGAUGUAGAACAACAACACCAACAUCACAAUCAACAACUUCAACAAGACAACCAAGAAGGUCAACAAGGCAAUCAACACCUACACGGAGGACAACAUUAAACCAAACUGUCACAUCUCCAGAGACAACAGCAGUAAUCUCAAACAACAGUGCAAGAACACCAACAGCAGGCAACAUUACAAGGACAACGACAACGCCAACACCAACAACAUCAACCACAAAAGACGCCACAACAAGUUGGAAAACCGGUAAUACAGUCAUAACCACCAAAUCUCAACUAGGUUGGUACAAUAAAAUUUUAUCCACAGCACCAAAUACUGCCCAUAGUCAAAGUCCUACCACUAUUCCUAAAGCAGGGGAACAAGAAGAGUCGACACAUUUACAUGUUGCACUGAUUCCAACAAUUAUUGGUCUAGGAAUCAUCCUGACUCUCCUCCUUUGUUUUGUGUACAAAGAGAGACUUAGGAAUAAUAUCAGAAAUCUUGUAAACAAACUCAGGAAAAACAAAACAGAUGCUACUAAUUUUACGACCUUAAAUGAAGAGGAGGGUAAUAGUGAAAAUCCCUAUGAUCCUUCCACAUAUUCUGUUAUUGAAAACCACGUUGUUGUUUCCCCACUUCCGGCGAGCAGGCCAAGUCAACAGGAAACAGUUCUGCAGGCUGAAAACUAUAGUGCGCUAGACAGACGAGUAGAAAAAUCUGAAAUGAACAAGAUUCAUAACAAUGAUUAUGAUUUGCUAAAUCACCCCAACCAACCACCAAUGAACAGUAGCAACGUUUACAGCAGUACUGACCCAGCUUUCAGAAGCACAGAAGCAACACUGUCAAAUACAUAUGGUUUUUACCAAUAAUAUGGCAGUGUAUUACAAUCAAUAUUUGUAUACUAGGUCAUCACAACUGUUUUGUCAAAUUAUCAGUUCCAGUAUUAAUUUUUUUUAUUGAUAAACAAAA